UGAGACCGGUGUGUAGAGUGAUUUAUGCAUCGAAUGGACUGCGGCCAAGCAAGUGUUCAACAGCGGUCAAGCCCUGUUGUUCCAAGGUUGAAUUAUGCCAAGUUAUCAUCUGUCUGCAUUGUGCACUUGUACCUGCGAAUCGAGACAUGGGGACCAUGACUACACUAUACACCGACCAUUGUUUUUCUGGAGGAAAGCGGGCGUGGCCCUCGAUCAUGGGUUCACGUCGGAUGAUCGCUGCAAACUCGACCACCAAUCAUGACAAAUCCACCCCCGAAACCCAACCACGAUCGCCAUGUCGGCCAAGAUAUUCCACCGCCAGCCUUUGUCUCACUGGGCAUGGUUGUUCUCGAUGAAUUGCAAUUUCCCCAUCUGCCCACGCUGUUCGACGUGUGCGGUGGCUCGGGAGCUUACGCAACUCUGGGUGCCCGUUUGACCGUAUCCGUGGACGAAGCGAACACGGUGGCGUGCAUCGUUCUCUCAGGCGAUGAUUUCCCCGAGAGCGUCCUAGAUACCUUGCGAUCCUGGCAUGUCCGCCUGGAGAGACAGACGUAUCCCGGACAAAAGUCAACACGUGGGUUGUUAAAAUAUGAGGACGAUACAUUCGGUCGAAAAAGCUUCCGCUAUCUGACCACGCCAUUGAGCCCACGUGUGAGACAUAUCAAGGAUUCUUCUUUGCUUCACUCACAGACCUUUCAUAUUCUGGCCCGGCCAGAUGACCUCUUGGUGCACAUCAGCGAGUUGUCCUUGCACCGCGUUCAGUCACAUAACGAUGGCCGACCGAUGGUCAUAUGGGAGCCCCUACCAUCCGAUUGCAAGCCGGUCCAUCUAGAUGCGCACCUCCAAGCUCUGCAGCAAGUGGACGUAUUCUCGCCGAAUCAUCUCGAGUUGAUGUCACUGUUCGAGGGUGCUGGAGACCUGUCUCGGCCGUUUGAUCGUCUCUUGAUCGAGAAUUAUGCCAAACGUUGUCUAGAUGCGAAAGCUCCGGGAUCUGCCAACGCCGGCUUUGGCGUCAUCGUUCGUGCCGGCGAGCAUGGCUGCCUCAUACAAUCAGCUUCACAAGGCUGUCGGUGGCUCCUGGCGUACUACGGUGAGCAUUCCACCCGAGUCGUGGAUCCCACGGGCGCGGGAAAUACCUUCCUUGGUGCCUUCGGUAACAUGUUCGCGAAAACUGGAGACCUUCAUGAGGCCGCCAUCUUCGGCACCGUCGCCGCCAGUUUUGCUCUGGAGCAAUUCGGCCUCCCAAAUUUCAAUGUGGUAGACGGUCGGGAUACGUGGAAUGGAGAUACAUUUGGCGAGCGUUUGGGACGUUACAGACCGUGAUACAGUGUGAUGGGGCAUUUAGUGUCGGACGGUCGAAUCUGUAAUGGUCGUUGAAGUUCCAAGCCCACGCCAACGAGAUCUAUCACGUGUGGAUAUGUUUUUUUCGAACGAGAGUGAGAGAUUAGGUUGAGAAAGUCUUUGAUUGUGCUCAUAGAAACGGGUAUCAUGGUA